CCUUAUAAGAACAUUUGCCUCUUCAAAUAGACGACGCGGUUAAAGUUUGUUUGCUAAUUUAAAACUGUCCGAGCCGCCAUCGCGCCUUCGUGUGCCGCCUUCAAGUGAUGCUCGUAACGCCCAUAAAUGUAAACUACCUUCUUUUGUUCAUAAUUCCUGCUCUUUUUUAAACCAUCUUUAAUUCUUAGUAGUUGCCAGGGGAAACGUGUAAGGUUUAAUUAAGGAUGCCCGAGAAGAUGAAUAUGCCGCCGACGUCCGGUUUCGCGUGGGGAAUCGCCACAUUUCCGAGGGUACUGGAAGUUGAAGCUCCGCUGCCAGUGCGCAUGCUCCCGGCACUUGGAUGCCAAGCGGCGAACUUGCCUGCCCGUCGCCCACAACAGCCUGCAUCCUCUUCAUCAGCACCAGUGUGAUGAAGACAGUCCUGCUCUGACAUUCUGGACCAGCCUGCAUACAGGAUGACCGAGGUGAUGAACUCCCUGGAGUCGGGCUCGGACGACUUUGGCGGUGCAGCGGGAGGCGACCAGAAUACCAUAUUCCCAGGGCCCCACGAAAGGCAUCCAAAGUUGUCCAAGAGGCUUCCCUCCAUCGUGGUGGAGCCCACGGACGGAGCGGAAGUGGAGAGCGGCGAGCUGCGAUGGCCGCCGGAACCCAGCUCGCCAGACGCGCCGACCGCACCGGCAGUUGAUGUCCAGGUCCAAGCCGGUGUCGGCGGGGGGAUAUCCGGGGCGGAGAUGCCGGCCUCCAACUGAACAACCGCUGACGGUACAAAAGAAAAACUCCACGGUAGCUGUGACUCGGUCCCCACGCGGACCAGGGAGCUCCAAUAGAAGAGCACUUAUUAUUAGUGUGUGUGGAUAGAGAGCUUUGUGGCGCCAACAGGAGGCCAGAGUAGAAAUAGCAGGCGAGCUGACCUGACAGUCGUGUCUGCACCUUGAAAUAAAAUGUGUUUUGUUUGUAAA